CUCGCCGAGAUAAGAGCUGAAAAAACCCACAGACGCGCUGGAAAACACCCCGAUUCACCUUCCAAGGACUCACUCGCACUCAUUCACGAUGGCCGACUCCAACCUGCUUGAUAAGGAGCUGACAGAGGACGAGAGACUAAAAGGGGGCAAAAAGAAGCAAAAGAAGGAGGAUGCUUGGAAACCGGAGGGCCCCCAGGAUCCGUUUGCUCUGGUUCGUAUCUUCUCAAGUCUGAAGAGCCUUCCAGAGACAAAGCAGCAGGAGAUCCAGAGGGCCCUCCAUCUCUUCUCCGUCGGCCCGAGUCUCCCAAAGACCCUGCAGCAGGCCAGAACACACACUUACCGCUUCUGGGACUCGCAGCCGGUCCCCAAACUGGGUGACAGUUCGGUGACUCACGGGCCAAUAGUCGAGGGCGAAGCCGCUGUGCGGAAGGAACCCUACUCUUUACCAUCGGGCUUCGUCUGGGACACUCCGGACCUCAGCAGCCCGACUGUGAUGAAAGAACUUUGCACUCUGCUCAGCGAGAACUUCGAGGACGAGGACGACAACACCGUCAGGCGCGACUUCUCGCCGGAGUAUCUGCAAUGGGCUCUGCAGCCACCUAACUGGCUGCCCCAGUGGAACUGUGGCGUGCGAGUGCACAGCAACAACAAGUUGGUCGGCUUCAUUGCCGCACUUCCCGCCGAUGUCCGCGUGUAUGAGACGCAGAAGCGGAUGGCAGCGGUCAAGUUCCUGUGCGUCCAUAAGAAGCUCCGCCUCAAGCGGAUGACUCCGGUCCUGAUCCGAGAGCUCACCAGACGGGUCCACCAGCAGGGCCUCAGCCAGGCGGUCUACUCAGCUGGAAUAGUGCUGCCCACACCGAUAAGCUCCUGCAGGUACUGGCAUCGCCCUCUGAGUCCCCGAAAGCUGACAGAGGUGAGCUACCCGGGUCUGAGACAGAACAUGAACCUGCCGAGAGCUCUCAAAUUCUACCGUUUGCCCGAGACCACAAAGACCCCGGGUCUGCGCCCUCUGACUGACGCCGACGUGGUGGGGGUGCACUCGCUCCUGCAGGCAAACCAGCUCAGGUUUCACCUCAGCUCCGCGAUGUCUCUGCAGGAAGCAGAGCACUGGCUGUCACCCAGAGAGAAUGUGGUCGACACCUACGUGGUAGAGGGUGAAGCUGGCACCCUGACGGACGUGGUGAGUUUCUACAGCGUCUCCUCCAGCGUGCUGAACCACCCGGUCCACACGGGCCUCAGGGCUGCUCGUCUGCUUUACGCGGCCGGCACUGCCACAGACCCAGCUGACCUCAUGGAGGACACACUGGUCCUGGCUAAAUCUAAAGGUUUUGACGUCUUCUGUGCCCUCGACGUGAUGGAUAACAAGAGUUUCUUUGAAAACCUCAAGUUCAACGUCAUAGACAAGAGUGUUCGUUAUUACCUGUACAACUGGAUGUGUCCUGACAUGAGCCCGGACAAGGUGGGCCUGGUGUUCCCCAGCUAACCUAAGAAGUGUCGAGGAGGAAGAUGCCAUAGUGGUUGGCAGCAUCGAACUUCAUCAGCACCAGCACACAUUAAGAUGAAAAUACAUUAAAAGUGACAACCAGCACACUCACAAACCCAUAAAAAUUUUUAGACAGUUUCA